AUGUUCCCACCAAUUCAACUGAACAAAGAAGUUAAUAAAGUUGUCCCCUACAAGUAUUGGUGGAAUGCUACACGCUUAGUGAACGUUGACAAUAAUACUACACCUGUUCAACAUGAUUUUAUGUCGUUUCGGGAUCCAGUUGCUCCUGCUUAUGUGGUUGUUGGGCGACCAGGCAACACGGAAGAGAUGGAGCAGUUAUCUGACAUCCCCUAUUUAGAACGGAUUAAAGAAUACACCGAUUUUUCCAUGACAUUGCUCCAUUACCCAGGAUCAGUUGCCAAAAAGUCAUUGAUUACAGUAAGACAGGUGGAUGUACUUCAAGGCAAUGUUCCUAUGGAAUUUGCGUUGGAAAAAACAUUUUCUUCCUACAAUAUCAAAGAAAUUUGUAAUUCCAUGGAGGGAAAUGUUAAAAAUAAAUAUCAGCUGGAAAGCAGUCGUUUAAUCAGUGAUCGAAAGCGGCACGAGAAAUUCUUGGAGGAUACAAUAGAAUUUUCAAUUCAUAAUUAUGCUGAUUUAGAGGAAAAAGAACCGGAUUUGGUUUAUCCAGCACUUUCUAAAAAUGAGGAUAUGGAUAAAGCAAAAGAAUUCCUUUUAAAAGAGAUAAGCAUUACUGCUGGUGAAAAUAGCAAAAUUCGAGCUUUGUUAUACUCCUACAAUUUGAAGAGAGAACAUCCUUUAGAUACUCAUUUAAAUGAAAUGUACAAACUUGCAAUAAAAGGAGUUUGUGUAAGUAAUUACCAACAAAUCUUGAAGAAUCAAGCAUACUUGAAGAAUCAACAAGUUCAAGAAGCCAUUAGACAAUUUACUCAAAAAAUUUUAAUGGGCCAUUCAAAAAUGUUUGGUAAAGCUCCAGAACAAAAAAUCAGCGAUGAUAAGAAGAGUAAGAAGUCAGCUACAAACAAAGAAAAUUUACAACCCAAUGUUAAUGUAAAAAUUUUAAAUUUAUCUUAUUCAUAUAAACGUAAAUCCCAAUUAUUUUAG